AUGACUACUGUGUGGAAAGUAAUUGUGGCCCACAGGAAUUACCUGAUUAUUUUGCUAGUACCUUUUCUGCUUCUUCCUCUCCCACUGCUCAUUCCUACCAAGGAAGCCAAGUGUGGUUAUGUUAUCAUCCUGAUGGCGCUGUUCUGGUGUAUGGAAGUCCUGCCAUUGGGUGUUACUGCCCUCUUUCCUGUCGUGCUUUUCCCGCUCAUGAACAUAAUGGAUUCAACUAAAGUCUGUAUGGAGUAUCUGAAGGACAGCAACAUGCUCUUCCUUGGGGGGCUGAUGGUGGCCAUUGCGGUUGAACACUGGAACCUACACAAGCGCAUCGCCCUGCGGGUCUUGUUAAUUGUUGGGGUCAGACCAGCCCUGCUAAUUAUGGGCUUCAUGUCUGUCACUGCGUUCCUGUCCAUGUGGAUCAGCAAUACUGCCACCACUGCCAUGAUGAUACCAAUAGCCCAAGCUGUAUUGGAUCAGCUGCACAAGUCAGAGCAGGAGACCAGUCCAGUUGGGCAUGUGGCUGAGAGCAUCAACAAAGCCUUCAAGCUGCAGGAGGUGCCAGAUAAAUCAGAUGCCUCUCAAGAGACACAAAAACAAGAUAACAGACAUGUGUUGACAGUGGAGGAAGAGGAGAAACUGGAAGAUGUGAAGCAGCUGGAAGAGAAGCACCUGACAUUUUGCAAGGGAAUGAGCCUCUCUGUUUGUUAUGCGGCCAGUAUUGGAGGGAUCGCAACCCUGACUGGUAGUACCCCCAACCUGGUGAUGAAGGGACAGAUGGACAGGCUCUUUCCUACCAAUAACAAUGUGGUGAACUUCGCUUCCUGGUUCAUGUUUGCUUUCCCUACCAUGUUACUGUUGCUGGCUCUUUCCUGGAUUUGGCUCCAGAUGUUCUUGGGAUUUGACUUUCGGAAGAAUUUGGGUUUCGGAGCUAAUGCGUCUAUGAAGGCAAAGCAGAAAAUGGCUUACAGGAUUAUCAAGGACGAGCACAAGAAGCUGGGCUCCAUGAGAUUUGCAGAGAUAGCUGUCACAGUCCUCUUCUUAAUAUUGGUGGUGCUUUGGUUUACGAGAGACCCUGGGUUCAUCCCAGGCUGGGCAACUAAUGUCUUCAACAAGAAUGGCGAAAGUUAUGUGACUGAUGCGACAGUUGUCAUGUUCAUUUCACUUCUGAUGUUCCUAAUCCCUUCAGAGAUCCCCACCUAUCUAUGUCAUAACAGGGCUCAGCAAGUGACACAACAAGAUUGGUUCUGGAUUUUAGAUAGCACAAAGCAGAUUCCAGUGCUCCCUGCUCUCUUGGACUGGAAGACGGUUAAUCAGAAGAUGCCAUGGAACAUUGUGAUUUUGCUGGGAGGUGGCUUUGCCCUGGCCAAAGGCAGUGAGGAAUCUGGUUUGUCUGAAUGGUUAGGUAGCAAACUGACCCCUUUGCAGAAUAUGUCAUCUCCCAUUAUUGUUUUGCUGUUAUGUCUCCUGGUUGCCACUUUCACCGAAUGCACCAGUAAUGUGGCUACCACCACGCUCUUCCUCCCUAUACUGGCUGCCAUGGCUCAAACCAUCUGCCUCAACCCGCUCUACGUCAUGCUGCCAUGCACACUCUCAGCAUCGUUGGCAUUCAUGCUCCCAGUGGCUACUCCUCCCAAUGCCAUAGCCUUCUCCUAUGGACAGCUCAAGGUUAUUGACAUGGCUAAAGCUGGAAGUGUUCUCAACAUCUUGGGUGUCCUGACAAUCAUGUUAGCCAUAAACACCUGGGGCUACCCCUUGUUCGAUUUGAACCACUUUCCAGUAUGGGCAAACAGCACAUCAGCAGCUUCCUGUAAAUAA